CGGGUAUGUUGUACGAGACGAAUAAUACUCUUGACUGAUUUGUUUCAUAAACAAGUGCCGUGCCAAGCAUAGCACUGUUCCUGAUUUCGUCAUUAUUCAUACUCACAGCAUUCCUCCAUCCCUUUGCGACAAGAAGACCCGAACAGCCAGCUUGGCAAGCUUUUCAGCCCAACAGCAUGAACCCUGCUAGCUCCGCUGUGUCCUUGGCCGAUGUAGUUCCUCUCAACGCAAGAAAUUUUCGCACGAUUCUAGUGUUUGACUCCAUUCAGUGCGAUGGGCGUUUUGUACUUCAUACGCUCGCGACAAAGGUCUUAACAUCAGUAAGAGGACGGUUGCUGUGGUUGGCAGGGAGCGGGGCUUGGACUCCGAAUUUAAUAGCCAACGCCAUGAAAAAAAUGGGUUGCGAAGCAGCCGCAUCCUACAUCCGGCAGCUUUCUUCGUCAAAUCAAGAGUCAACCCGUACAAGCAUGGUCGCCCAGGACCCGUUUGCAAUCUGCUCGUUUGUAUCCCGAUAUCAGCAGGAACUGGAUCAGUUGGAGAUUGAUGAGAGCUUGGAUGGGGGAAAGCUAUGCAAAAGUUUGUAUUCGGAGAUAAAGGAAUGGUUAUUGCAGUCGUCGGGCUCUGGUUCAGCUAGCGUACCAGCCUGGAUCGUACUGGACGAUGUUUCCGCACUCGCUGCUCUUCUAGGCGACAAUUUAGCCUACGCUCUAGUACUGGCCAUUUGGACUUUGCAAAAAGAGCAUUGUGUAGGGCUUAUUGUGGGACACACGUGACUGAAGACAAUCAGUCCAAAUGUGCUGACCUAGCCUGGGAGCGGAGUUUAGUUGAGCUGGCCGAUGGUGUUCUAGACGUGAUACCGUUGGCCAGCGGCCACACAAGGGAAGCUCAUGGCCG